AGUUGCCACACCUCCCGAUAAAUCAACGAUUGAGCAGUUUCAAGCCGAGCUCAAUGUCAACGUUCCGGCGAAGUCGAUAAAUAAUAAUAAUGCUAGGGCGCUUGCGAUCCUUGAGACGGCGUAUUUCGAGUAUUUUGCCAAAAGGGACCCUGCCCCUGUCGACAUGGGUAAAAUCUCUAUCCCAGCCAAUAUUUCCGAGUGCCAAAAUCUGUACUCUCAGAGAUUGGCAAGGAGAAAGGCCUUUGUUGACGACGUAUUCGACUGGAUACCAUUAGUAUCACGGGACCUCCGAGGUUUUAGCAACUGCAAAGCAGUUGACUCUAUGGAAGUUGGAGUGUAUUUUCAUUAUAUGAGAGCCUCUUCGACUGCCGAUAGACCAAAUGAGCUGGAGUCAAGGGUCAAAGAACAGAUUGAUGUCCUGAACGAGGCUUUGGGGGCAGUGAGGAUCAACUUCCGCUUUAUGGUACUCAAUUGGUGGGAGCCAAAGGCAAACGAGGACUGGUCAAGAGUUACCAGACGCGAGGCUAAAUUACUAGACUGGCAACGCCGGACACGCGCGCCUGGAAAGCUUACAUUGACCGUUUGGAUUGUCAAUGGGUUGCGAAGCAGUGAAAAGGACGACCAAGAACUCAACAGCUAUGUCACGUUUCCAAACCAGCCGCUUGAUGAAGCAGACGGUAUUGUAAUUGAAGAGGCGCAUGUUCAGGGAGGCGACGCCACAACACUUAUUCACGAUGUCGGUCAUUGGUUCGGUCUCGGCCAUACGUUUAAUGAGAUCGGACAGGAAUGUGUCAUUCAAGAUGGAUUGACAAACGCGACCCAGACCUCUGGUAAUCGUGACGUAGUUUAUCAAUGCUCGCAGGUAACAUGCGUCGGUGGUUCAGCGGUUGAGAUAAAUAACUACAUGAGUUACUCCUCGUGCCGUGGCAAAAUACCCCAGAACGGCUUCACCACUGAUCAGAAGGCGCGGAUGUUUGCCAAUGCGCUCGAAUUCAGGCGCGGGUACGAGGCGGGAGAGUGCAUGCCGGACGGGAAGGCGGCCGUGGGGAAGAGGUCUAGCAUGCAGGAUCUUCUCGAUGGGAAGUGCCCGGAUGUCAGCAAACAGGCAAACAUUCUCAUGAACACCCCGCAUAGCUCGGGGCCACCUAUCGCUGGACCUCUAGCUGAGAAGAUCUUGAUGCCGAUAACCUUAACAUGGACAGUUGUGUUUUGGUUCCUCUAAUGCGGCUCCAGGCCUGCUUAGGCAAUUUAAAGGGAGCAGCAUUGGACUUUUCUUUGGAGACAAUAAAGUAAGACAGAGUAAUG